AAGUGGUCCUUCCCAUUUUACGUCUGAGCCCAAGGUACUGCUAGAGGUUGCCCGGAAUGGUUCCGGUUUACGUUUCGUGUCCUUGUAUAAUUAUUAAAAGAGCUCCUUUCACUGUCAAAAGCGUACCAGGUGAGGACAAAUUACAUUGUCUUCCUAGUUCUAGUCAUUUUGGUUUGAAAUAGGAAGGAAGGAGGCGAGCAGGUGAGGGGCGUUCUCUCUAAUGGGUCCCGCGCUCGACUUCCGGUAGCCCGAAGACACUAGUUUCGAAACGUGUUAUGCAAGGGCAUCUUUUUUGUUUCAACAACAGCUGUGCUAAGGUGAGACACGUUUUCUAACUUCUGGUAAGACUGAGAAAUUAAGCAAUAGUACUUUCUGAAACGAUCAAGAAGAAGAAUGGUAAGUUUUGUACAAUUUUUUUUUAAGAUUUUAUUUGUCAGAGCAUGAGCAGCUUGAAAUAGAAGAAAAGCAAUGAGAAUAAUGCUGUCUCCCUCUCACCCUACCUCCAACUCACACACUCCCACCCUCUAUCAACCCCACCAUACUUUCUGACUGCUAGAUACUCCUGGAAGAAGAGAAGUGAGAAAGGAAGCCUCAGAGUAACCCCCCACCCGACAAGGGAAUAACAAAAAGAAUGCACGUUACUGGAACAUCAGAUAAACAAAACGCAAGCAAGGAGUAAUAUGGUUACCUCUGCACAUUUAGGAUCUAGAAACACAGAAGAUUGUUGUCUUUAGUGAAGAAAGGAAUUGUUUUUAACACUCUCUCUCAUAAUUAAAUUACAUAAGGGAACUGGUGGAGACUUUGUUUUGAAAAGUUGUUUUCUUACUAUUUUUCAAUAUAUAUUAAUGAUGUUGGUGAGUUGCCAUUUAAAUCAGUAAUAUUAACAUAACCAUUGUUUUCAUUUUUAUUGAUGAAAAAUUCAUACUUAAAAGAAGUAUUUCCAUCACAAUAUUUACUGUUAAAUGUUUAGGGUAGACAGCAUUUUACAUUAACAUAUUUAUCUUCUGGAGUUUUUUCCUACUGUUGAAAUAAAUUUUGAAGAAGUACAGCUUACUCUCAGCUAUGUGGACAGUUCAUCUCUGAAAUGUCAGUGACACUGCAUACAGAUGUAGGUGAUAUUAAAAUAGAAGUUUUCUGUGAGAGAACACCCAAAACUUGUGAGAAUUUUUUGGCUCUUUGUGCCAGUAAUUACUACAAUGGCUGUAUAUUUCAUAGAAAUAUCAAGGGUUUCAUGGUUCAAACAGGAGAUCCGACAGGUACCGGAAGAGGAGGUAACAGUAUCUGGGGCAAGAAAUUUGAGGAUGAAUAUAGUGAAUAUCUUAAGCACAAUGUUAGAGGUGUUGUAUCUAUGGCUAAUAACGGGCCAAACACCAAUGGAUCUCAGUUCUUCAUCACCUAUGGCAAGCAGCCACAUUUGGACAUGAAAUACACAGUAUUUGGAAAGGUAAUAGAUGGUCUGGAGACUCUGGAUGAAUUGGAGAAGUUACCAGUAAAUGAGAAGACCUAUCGACCUCUUAAUGAUGUACACAUUAAGGACAUAACUAUUCAUGCCAAUCCGUUUGCACAAUAGCUAUAAUCUGGAAAAAUAUUUGGCAGACUAUUCAAGGAACACACCUAUUGUGCUUUACCCAGUUUUAACUAUGUUGGGAAAGAUUACAUCAUCCUUCUGCCUGUUUAUAACUAAGAUCUUCUAUGAGUUGGUGGUACCGUGGGGGCCCGAACAGCUUUUAUUCCCAUUAUUAAAGCAUAUUUUUUACUAUAACUGUUAUCUAAUAUAUUUAAGUUUAAUUUUUUAAAAACUCUUCUAAUUUUUUGUUACAUAUAAACAUUCAUUUUUAAAUGCUGUCUCAAAUCCAGGCAUUUUUGAGCACUCUAAUUACAUAUUCCUGCCAUAUCUAGUCCAUAUCCUAGAAGUAGUCUUUUCCAUUAAUUAGUCACUUUGUACAGUUAAGAGUAAGGACAAGAUAGAGAUGAUCUAGAAAAGCCAGCCAAUCCAUUUUGCUGUUUUCUGUAGUCUUUAGAUUUACAGUAAAGGCUCAGAGAAGUCCUAGUUUACAGUAAGCACUCAGAAUUUCCCAACUCAUUUGCCCAUGGAACAUUUUUGAAAGCUUAUCAUUUACAGUAUUGCAGGACAGAAUACUACAGGUGAUCCAUUUGGAAAAUGCAAUUAGUUGGUUAAGAGCACCAGUUGUAGAGUCCUGGAUUGUGUUUGAAUCACAGCUCUACCUCCUACUAGUAACUUUAGGCAGGUUAACAUCUCCCAAGUUUUCUCAUCCCUAAAGACUCAUCCCCCUCAUAAGACUAUUAGGAGAAUUAAAUGAAACAAUGUGUGUAAAGCUUCUGACAUGUGUAAGUGUUCUGUAGUGAGUAAAUGGAAGUAGCUCUCCUAACCUUUCUCUCCAUCACAGGGCUCUCACCGAAUCAGGCCUCAUCAUUUAUCAGGCGAUACCACUGAUCUCAUCAAGAACCAUAUUCUUCAAUCUGUUUUGAUCACCUUGGUUAGAUUUUGGGUAUUUCUUGGUUUGUAUCAUUUCUGUAGAUAGCUGAUCGAAAUAAUAUUUUCUUUCUUAACUACAAUUUGGAUGUUAGCUUGCAAUAUCCUCUUAUUACCAUCUAUACCUUCUACUAAACUGAUGUGCUAAUUAUACUAAUAUCCUCA